AUGGCUGCUGGCAAUGCAACUGUAUCAGUUGAACAAAUUGACAAAAUUACCUUGAGAGUUAUGUUGGACAAAAAAGAGAACAAAGUUUUGUAUGCUGAGGCAGGGAAGGAUUUUGUUGACGCUCUCUUGAGCUUCUUUACUUUGCCUUUAGGCACGAUUGUAAGACUCGUGUCUAAGGAGUCAAAUAUUGAAGCAGUAAAAUUUGGCAGCAUUAGUUCACUGUAUCAAUGUGUAUCAGAACUUGAUGUACAAUAUCUAUCGAACCAAACAUGCAAAGAAGUGCUACUCCAUCCUAUAAACACUAAGCGAGCUUAUUGCCAGAACAUGAAACUGAAUAUAGACGACACACCUGUGCGGUACUUCUUUUGCUAUGACUGUAAGACUCCACUCUCUAAUUGUAGAAAUACAAGUACUUCUAGGAAUCAGAGAUGCUCUUGUGGAACCCUUAUUAAUGAAGUGCCUGUCAGUCCCUAUAAUUUGGCUUCUGUUGGCAAUGGCUUUUUUAAGAAAACAGCUACUUUUGUAGUUCAGGAUGAUCUUUGUGUGAUGCCUAAUGAUCUUGGAACAAUUCUAUGUUUGCUUCAGAAGCAUGGAAUAAAUAACAUUACUGAAGAUAUUCAGAAAAAAUCACUACUUAUCAGUAAGCAGGAGGUUCUUGAUCUUCUCAAGUUGUACUUGCUCUCCAAGACUCCUCUGACAGACUUUAUCUCUAAAAAGGAAAAAAUUAUUGGUAGUUCAAACUCAGCAUUCCAGUCUGCUAUUAGGCUUGGAGAGGGCUUACCAUCUCAUGGGGGUGAUUAUAUGGUUGUGAAAGUAAUGAGAAGAAAAUCAACUAAAAAGAUUCUGUUUGCUAUAGCAGAGCAAGACUUUGCAGACUUUCUUUUUAGUUUUCUCACUUUUCCUUUGGGAGGAGUGUUGCAAAAGUUGUCAGGGUUCUCUUCCUUAACCUGUCUUGAUAAUUUAUAUAGAAGUAUGUCUGUGUUGAGUCCAGAAUGUGUAAGGCCACGCGAACUUCAAAACAUACUAAAUCCCAAAUCCUCUAUUUCUCUACAUUAUUCAAAAGGACCAUUAAAAAUUAAGGUUACAGACGGCUUGAUUGUGACUCCAAUGUCAUCCAUUGAUGGUAUUUCAUAUCUAGAAAGAAUGAAGAUACCUCUUAAUGACAUGGAGGGAAUGAUCAUUAAUAUUGGUAAAGAUGAGGGUCUCAGCAUACUAAAAGCUCCAUUGACCUCAACAUCUGCUUUGACAAAUGGUCUCAGCAAUUAUCCAAUUCAACUGUGGUUCAAGUUCAACCGAUUGAACCAUAACCUGGAGGUGUCACAGACACUUUCAACUCGGAAAGUAAGUGCAACUAAAGGAGCAGCAUCAGUACCCGAUGAGGUUUUCCAUAGAUCCAAAGGUGUUCAAUUAUGCAACACGCAGGCUCAUCAAUGCACUCCUGCCUUUUUUGCUGAUUCAUUUUUUCUCAACAUAUUCUCUUUUGAAGUCAUUGCUGACAGAUCUCAACUACCAACCACUGCAAGGGGACGUUUACUUAAAAGGAUUAUUACCCUUCUAGAUGUUGAUGGGGCUUGUGUCCUUGUUUGGAGUGGUUAA